ACCCUCGCAUCAGGAAGAGACGCUUGUAUUGCAAAUAUGGAUUCGGGAAAACAGUAGCAAAAACAGAAAAAUAGGUUUGUAUGUUUCAUUGCCAUCGUUUUCUACCAUCGACCGCUUUCCAAGAAACGUGUUGAACAACGGCAAGGCAGCCUCUAAUUUUCCACCAUCGUGGGUCCUAACAUCAUUUUCUUCUCCAUUUGAUGCUGUCAUGGCUUCUUCAAAGAGAUGGGCAAGCAUCAUAUCGUCCAUUGCUUCUUUCCUUCUUUUCUUUAUCAUAAUCUUGCAAGUGCCCGUUUUCAGGGUACCAUGUAGGACUGGAACAUGUACUUCACCUGUAGAGGUCAUGUCCUCCCACUUGAUUGCAACUGAACUCUAUCCUGCAUUGGGGCCCAAGGCUCUUCUGUAUCCUGGUGCCAUUGCUAGAUCUUAUAUCAAGAACAGAACCUUCCCAAGCUAUAGUAAAUUGUCGAAGCUAUAUAACUUGACCAAUCUGAGGAAAACCUCUGCGUCGACUGAUCUCCAGCACCUAGAGAUUCUGGCAGGAAGCUACUUAGCAGUAGCAGGAGCAGUAUUAGGUCUCAUAAGGCUGGGCAGGACGAGCCUCUUUGGAACACUGCUUAUCCUAUGGGGCUUUGUAAGAGAAGUCAUCCUGAAAAACUCCGCUAAUAUGAAUUCCGCGAGGAGUAUCCAUAUCUACCCAGUAACAAUGUGCAUUGCUCUUCUUUGUGCUUUCUUGGCUAUAAGAAAGGAUGUUAGAAAGCUUAUCCGUUGUUGCAGAACUCGGCGAGGUGCAAAGUCUCUACGGUUUAGAGCGAAAAUCAUGUGAUACUUGCUACUGGAUUAGCAUUUUUAUAUGUAUAGAAAGCAACCAUUCUUUGAAUUAUAUGGCAGGAAAGAAUAGAGGAUGUUGCAUUUGGAGUGCUA